CUCUCUCUCCGUCUCCUCACCAGUUAGUGCGCAUGAAUCGUCCUAACCCUGGACACGCACAGAAAGGCGAAACAGUGUGAGAUUUUCACAAGUGAAAAAAAAUGGAGGGUAGAGGAGGAUGUUGCAUAGCGAGAUAUGCUGCUGCUGGGGUUUACGAUAUGUCAAAAGUGGAUCGGAUAAUGCUCCGGUUCAGACCGAUUGCUCCCAAACCGGCGACCGGUGGCUCGGUUCCAACCAAGGAGAACACUGAGGUUUAUUCUAAAUCAGGGAGAGGCAAAAGAAGACACUCCAAAGAAAGUAAUACUAUGAGUUAUACAAAGAGGUGCAACCGAAAAAGAAGAGUUUUGAGCGAAGAGAAAAUAGUUACUUUGCCGCUUCUUCCUGAAACCCCUGACUGCAAAGACUCGAUUUUGAAGGAGGAAAAGGGAGUGGUCCAAAAGGUGAUGCCUUUGUGGUUAAGCUUUGGUCAAGCUGAUGAUAAAAACGGGGGCUUCUACGGCUGUGAUGCGUUAGCAGAUCGGGCGAUGUUGAUGGCGCCGAGGAAGGUGAGGGUGCUGGGUUCGUGCGUCACGGUGGAAUGCGUGACAGACACGUGGGUAAGUGGGGAUGGGCUGGGAAGUACGGACGAAGAGCGGAAGGUUAAUCUGGGGAGGGACACGUGUCCUGGCUUUAUAUCUGAUGUGACUGGGAGGGUAACGUGGACCAACGGUGCGUACAAGGAAAUGGUGGGAGGGGAGACGAUGGUGUGGUUAGUGAUGAAGCAGAGGCUGCCGAUGACAACAUACCCGGCGUUUACAUGCAGGGUAAGGGUGCAGUACUCUUGUGGGAAGGAUACGAGUUCCUUGACUCUGCCUUGCGAUGUUUGGAGAAUGGACGGCGGUGGAUUUGCAUGGAGGCUUGAUAUCAACGCCGCUCUUUUCCUGGGCCGCUAAACAAAAAAAAAAACCACAAUCUUUUAAUGCACGACAAGCUUACUAUCUACAUCCAACUUUGCUUUUGAAUUGUGAAUAAUUUUUAUGUAGGGGAUUUUCUUGUUCUCUGUCUCUUUCUAAUUUUGAGAUAUAACAUUUGUUCAUAAGGGAUUUAAAAGGAACUGAAAGUACCCAUAUUUUAUGUAAUUAUUAUUAUAUUAUUGUAGAUGGUUUUAUUUUAUGCCAGUACUUCUUUGUUUA